ACCAACAUACGUAAUCACGUCAAUUUGUUUCAAGAUUUAACUUAUUUUUCGCAAUGUGGAAACAUUUCUCAUUUAUAAUCGCCACCUUACUAAUUCAAACUGGAAUCGGGACAUUUACUGCUGAACAAAAUGUUGUUGAUUUAAAAGAACAAGAUUUCGAUUUUGCUGUGGGACGAGGUCAUGAAGUUUGGGCAUUAUUCUUUUAUAUACCUUAUAAUACGCACUCAGAAAAUGCGAUACCAGCUUUUAAACAAGCUGCAAAACGAAUGUUGGGUCUUGCCAAAUUUGGGUCUGUUAAUGUAGAUAGAUACCCCAUUCUAGCUCAUAGAUUUGAUAUAAGGAAAAUACCCACCAUGGUGGUUAUCGAUAAAGAUUCUGAAGAAAUUAAAUACACAGGAAAAAUGAAUGCUACAGCAAUAAUUGAUUUUAUCGGAGCUUUUUUGAUGCGGAAAGUUCAGUAUGGUAAACAAAAAAGAUUGAGCGAUCAUAAAUUGGUGAAGGAGCUUACGGAUGACGAGAUGAUUAAAAAUGGCAAAAAUGGAUCCACGUUUUGGUUGAUAGCGUUUUAUGAUUCAAAAGAUAACGUUACGCUUGUUGAUUACAUUAAAAUGAUUGAGUAUGCUGCUGAGAGUUUGGAUGAUUUAGUUAGUGUUGGAGCGUUUGAUAUCACGAAACGUAGCACACCGUAUAAUUAUGAUGGAAUCCCUACUGUUGUUUUAUUUUAUGGAAAAAGAUAUGAUAGAUAUGAAGUUGAGUACAACGGUACCACCUACGGUAACAAAUUGGUGGAUUUCGUUCUUUCAAAAGUAAAAAAGCCGCGAAUAAAAGAAUUAUGGACUGAAACUCUUCUUACAGAAGUGUGUCAAUUCAAAAAAUAUUGCCUGAUAACUUUUAUUCCCGUCUAUGAAAAGUGUAAUAGAGAAUGCAAAGAAAAAACUAAAAGUUUAAUACAAGACGUUGCGAAUAACUUCAAAACAAUUUCCGCGGGAUGGGUUUUAAUUAGGCAGGGUGUGAUGAAGAUGGCAGAAAAAUUAUUGGAUAUCUCACCCACUAAUUACCCAAUAUUUGUUGCCGUAGAAGUAAAAACAUUAAAAACAGCACAUUUAACUGAAAAAUAUAAUCCAGAUAACAUUAAUAAAAUGAUUUUGGAUAUUCUUAGUGACGGUUUUACAGGGAGACCUAUCCCAUUAUUCGAUCAUUUACCUGAUUAUAGACCAUGGAAAAGAGAUGAAUUAUAAUUUUAGAUUUUACAACAAUUUUUAUAUUUGAUAUUUUUGAUAUGUUCCAAUGUUGUUACAAUAAAGCGUAAUUUAAAUAUUAAA